AUGGAGCGACCUCUCUUUCCUUGGCCCACCAGCCUCACUGAAAGCCCCACGCUCACUGAACUCUCCGACUUUGAUUAUCCUGAUGAGACCGAUCACUAUUUGAAUACCACUGCGCAACCCGUCGCUGCUUCUGCAGGUCCGAUGAGCUAUGGUGCCGAUAUCUUGAUGCUCCAGGAUAGUAAUGCCGUUGGCCAGUACACAUACCCUGGACCCAGCAACUACCAGCCGAAUACCUGGGUCAAUCAGCAGCAGCCGGAAUUGUUUAGUGGCGUCUUUGAAUCAGUUGUGCCGACGCGUAUGCAGGACCACGUGGAUGACUUGACUCAGGGCUUGUAUUCGUCUGGAAGUGAUGACAUGAUCGGACCAAGCGAGAUUGACCUGCGAUGUCAUUGGCCGGGCUGCACGAGGGAGGACCCUUUCGGGAGAAAACAAGAACUCCAACGACACCAUAUGUCCAUCCAUAUCUAUCCAGGGAAGUAUCAGUGUCCGCAUUGCCUGAGGCGGUUCAACCGAAAGGAUAACAUGUCUAAUCAUAACACUGUUGCUUUCUCACCCGGCCAUACUCCUCUGCAGCUCUUUCUUGCCCUUGUUGCUGUUGGAGGAGGUGACCCUGUUAUUAAUCCCGGUCGGGUUAUGUCCCGUGUUCGCACAUCGUGGCUCUUUGAUGAAGAGGAAGAGCAACAGAGUGCGACGGAACCGUGGGAAUACAAACCUUGGUGA